CCUCUGGAAGGAGGCGACAACAGCUGCUUCUGUGACCUGAGAAACAACACAAAGGCGUUUCAUCGAGGUCGGACUCGGAGAGGAUUCUGCUUCUAGUUUCCCUACUUCAGAUGACUUUUCCCUUUUUAACAAAAACUCUUGAAAAUGUCUGCAACUUGUCCAAAAUUCUGCCUCCAGGCCUUAAUGAAAAGAAUUCCAUUGAGUGUACUUGGUCUGCACUAAAGGUGAGGCAGUUUACUUUUUAUGUAAUAUUUAUGUGUUGCAAACUUAAAAUGUUCCAAUUUCAUUUAAAGAAGUAUUCAGAUGGGAUACUUACACACCACCCAUGGACGGAUUACAGAAUACUUGCUGUACUUCUACUGCAGUACAGGUAUAAACUUGUGUAGAAGAGCCGUUUGGUGCUUUUUAACCGUCUUUCAUUUGGGUUUGUCCCGUCAAAGAGGCGACUGCUCUGAUUUCCGGUUCCUGUUUAUUUUUUUGUUAAGCACUAGUUUAUCUUAUUUUAUUGUUUAUUUGUUGACAAAAUUAAAAUCCCAAAACAAGGCAGUAUAGGAUUUUACUGAUAGAAUACCGGAACAAAGUCUAAGCAGUAGAUGAAAACAAUAUAAAUAUUAUAAAGUAGAGUAAAAAGAUGAAAAAUUAACAAAUAAUAGAGUACAAAGUAAAUAAAACAGACAUAAAACCAAACUGAUAGAAACAAAAAUUAUUAAAAUAAAAGAAACAUUUCAUCAAUCCAGAUAUGCUCUAGUUUAUCCUAUUUAAAAAUAAACAUUCACUGACUCACUUCCGGUUCAGCGGUGCCGUCUCCAAUAGUAACCGGUGUUUCUGGCAGCGGGUUGCUAGGCAACGCAGCGUUCCUAGUCAUCAGCGGCCCGUCUUCACGUCUUUGACCCCACAAGAAACAAAAGGUUCCGUCAGAAAUGACCGCGAGAACCCAAACGUCGGCCUUUCCUGCCUCAGCCGUCAGGAACCUGUUGAAGAGCUACCAGCUGGACGCGUGUGACCCAAAUGCAGAGGAAGAUGAAGAGAACCUGGAAAAGAGACGACAGCUGACCUUAGACCUCCGUCAGAGCCUGCGCUCCCGCCAGCUGGUGGUCCGCUUUGACGGGGGCCGGCCUGUUGUGGGCCUCAGAGCUCCGCUGGACCUGGUGGACCUGUCCACGGUCUCCCAGCCCCGCUGGCCCGUGGAGCGGGAGGUCAUCGGCGCCGUCAUCGAGCACAUAGAGUGGGACCCCCCGGAUCCUGAGCCUUUCUACAGGCCCACCGGGCUGGAGGUGAGGCCUGAGGCUGCGGGGGGGCAGGGCCAGCUGGUGUUCUGCAGCGACCUCGCUACCAAGCAUCCCUACUUCAGCGGUUCUGUGGGGGGCAGCAGGGAGCCCGUCAGGAGCCCUGCCCCCUUUGACGACCCCUCAAGCUUUACCCUGGAGUUCGAGUCCCGCUUCGAGAGUGGGAACCUUCUCAAAGCGGUCAGAGUGGGUCUCCAUGACUACCAGCUGACGCUGCGCCCGGACCUGUACACCAGCAAGCACAUGCAGUGGUUCUACUUCAGAGUGAGGAAGAUGAGGGCCGGAGCCACGUACCGCUUCACCAUCAUCAACCUGACGAAGAGCAGGAGUCUGUACUGCCACGGCAUGAAGCCGCUGCUGUACUCUGAGAGGGCCGCCGAGGAGAGGGGCGAGGGGUGGCGCCGCACGGGCGCCAACAUCCGGUACUUCCAGAACUGCAGUCAGGAUGCCAAAGAGAGCAGCAGCGAGGUCGUGGUCUCCUACUCGCUCACCUGGACGCUCCAGUUCCCCUACGACUCGGACACCUGCUACCUGGCCCACUGCUACCCCUACACCUACUCCCACCUGCAGCGCUACCUGAGGCGGAUUCCUCCCGCCGCCGCCUCCUACUGUAAAGUGCGCGUUCUGUGCCACAGCCUUGCCGGGAACGCCGUGCACGUUUUGACCGUCACGUCCGAGUCUGCCAGCAGGCGGGAGGCCGCGCACAAGAGGGCUGUGGUGCUGACGGCCCGCGUGCACCCCGGGGAGACCAACGCGUCCUGGGUGAUGGAGGGCCUCCUGGACUUCCUGCUCGGGGACUCGGAGGACGCUCAAGUCCUCAGAGACAACUUUGUUUUCAAGGUGGUGCCCAUGCUGAACCCGGACGGCGUGGUGGUGGGAAACUACCGCUGCUCUCUGGCAGGCAGAGACCUGAACCGGUACUACAGGUCCGUACUCCGAGAGUCCUUCCCAGGUGUGUGGCACACCAAAAACAUGGUGGAGAGACUUAGAGCUGAGAUGGAGGUGGCUCUGUACUGUGACUUCCACGGACACAACCGUAAAAACAACGCCUUCAUGUACGGAUGCAGCGGCCGAGGGGACAAACUCCAGGAGAGAGUCUUUCCUCUGAUGAUGAGUAAGAACGCAGGUUGCCAGAGCUGCAAAUUCCGGGUCCAGAAGAGCAAAGAGGGUACCGGCCGGAUCUGCAUGUGGAGGCUGGGCAUCCAGAACAGCUACACCAUGGAGACCUCCUUUGGAGGAUCCACUCUGGGUGAGCAGACCUCCUUUGGAGGAUCCACUCUGGGUGACAGGAAGGGAACUCACUUCACCACGCGGGACCUGAAGUCUCUGGGCUUUUAUUUUUGUGACACUCUGCUGGACUACUGUGACCCAGAUCCAGCAAAGGUCAUCGUCUGCUCCGCAGAAGUAGAAAUGCAGCUGAAGAAGAAGGUCAGAAGAAGAAAAAGCAAAGAGGGGUCUACCGGCAGCAUCUCUCUGUCUGACCUAGAAACCAACACCAGCGGAUCCAACAGCUCCGACUCAGACGGACCUCCGGUUCAUCUGCUGAAUCUGACGGAAGCAGCUCCUCCUGAGGGACUCCAGACAGGAAAGCAACCUGUAGGAAGGAAGAACCGCCUGAAGACUCGGAAGGACAGGAACCGUCUGAGGUCCGGUGGAAGGACACGGAACCGCCAGCAGACUCCAGACAGUGGCCCCCAUCCUCCCCAGGACCCCCAUCCUCCUCACGGUUCCGCGGUCAGAGAGCGAUCCAGCAGAACCGGGCCUGAUCCUCCUCCUCAGGAGUCCAGGAGACGGCAGCUGAGGCGCCUGACCCCCCCUCCCAGCAGAGCGCCCCCCCGACAGAGGAGCAGGCCCGUCCAGGUGAAGACGGGCCGCCCCGGCAGCUCUGCAGAAUCUCACGCCACCGAAGCGGCUCGGUGUUUCCAGGUCAGAGGUCAGAGAAGCGCCGGCAGCUGGGACCUCCCCCUGAAGGCCAAAGCCGCCCCCGCCGCGGCGGCGCCGCGCUCUGGUGACCCGGCGGCAGAGCGGCCGCAGUGGAGAUGCUCCACCCAGCUGCUGCACCUGAAGACCUUCCUCCUCCCCCCCCUGCACCCGCGGCGCCCCCACCCAUCUUUGGCCUCUGCUGCGGACCACAGGGGACACCGGAAGGAUGCUCACCUGUGUGCUUCAGCAGCUGUCCCCCCCAUCAUGCCCCCCCUCAGCAGGUUCAGUCGGCAUCUUCCUAGAGAUGCUCCCCCUCCAUCCCUGCUUCCUCCACCCCCCCAUAAAGACCACCAAACCCCUCAUCGCUCAUUUUUACCUGAACAUUUUUAACCAGGUGUGUGUGUGUGUGUGUGUGGGGGGGGGUGUAACGUCUUUACCUGCGUCCUCCUGUGAUGGACCCCCCCACACACACACACACACCACCAGGGACCCCCUCAUAGCCGAACAGGAUGGAGGUCUGACUGCUCCUGGCCUGGCCUGGCCUGGCCUGGCCUGGCCUGGUUUGGACCGGCUCACAUCAGGAACACAAACCAUGACAGGGGAAAAGGCACUUUAUUCACUUACAAGAAAUACAAAAAUAAAUAUGUAGUCAUGUUUCAGAA